UGAUAAGCAAGAUGGCACCAAAUAAACUAUAUCUCAAGGGGUAUAUAAGCCUGUGAAUAUCUAGUUGUUAUGAAUGAAGUUUUAGGUGAGUUGGUCUGUGUUAAGUUUUGUUGCUUUGCUAUUGUUUCUGAUGAAGAAUAGAUGAGUAAUUACUGGCAAAUAAAUUAUUUUUUGGCAUAGCAUAAUCUGUCGUAGGUUCUCUGAAAAAAUUGGGACUAUCCUUUUCCAUAAACUGUCAUCUGAACUUGGACAUUGUUUUUUUGCAGCUUGCCAAUAUGUCCACUUCAGUUCAAUAAAAAUCGAAUUCAUUGAAAGACCUUUGGUAAUAAAUACAUUAUGUCAUGUAUGGGAAAAUGAUUGAUUAGGAUUGAUUACCUCAAACAACCUUUACAAUUAAUCUCCUCUUGAAGGCGUUCUAUCCUCUAUUUGCUUUGUGGCGAAUAUUAUAUCAAGUCCAGGGUCCUCCAAAUAUUUGAAUUCAUCAGUCAAUAGCUUGGAAUACCUACCAAAUGGCUAGCAUAUAUGUUUUACAAAUAUUUAGCGAACCUAAUAUGAAAAUCUUUGUUGUAUUCUUUCUUAAUGUUCUUCUGGAGAAAUCUGUCAGAAAAUCAAUCUUUUAGUUUAGAGGUUCAGUAUUAUUCUACAUCGGCAAGACGGCAACUAGCAUUAAUAACUUUUUAAAUAUUACUGGUUGAAAUUCAGUCAUGCUUGUGCAUGUGGGAAUCUUCUCUAUACGUUUAUAAUUACUUACAUGUGCAAUUUUCUUUUAGAGUCCACAAAACUACUAUUCAAAUGAUAGUUCUUCCUACUUUUAAAUUCAUGUUAUCAUGCUAAGAUUUGAUGGUGAAAUCUGUGGGCAGAUUAUUGAUAUCCGAGGGAGGUCAUAGGAGCUAUGCCAAUAAAAAUUACUAUAUUGCUUUCAACUGUAGGUUGUUUUUCUCUAUGUUGCAGCAAAGGUCCAUCCAAUUUUCACAACCUUCACCCAUGUUGCUGUAAAUUUUGUCCUUUUCUGCUUUGCCUCUCAUAAUGUCGUCUUCAACUGAAAUCUUGUCUAACAUGAUAAUUGUUUCACAUUUAUUGAUAUUUUUCUCCUUGAAGGUAUUCACUACUGGCUGAUAGAUACCUUUGCUUAGUCUGAAGCCAUGCAUUUAUUUUUGUGUUCUAUCAAUGUUUUUGUUUUAAACCAGGAUGGUGUAUAUUUCAUAUUAUGAUAAAACAGCAAAAUCUAAUUCAAUUUGCUUUGCAGGCUCUCUAUCUGAAUGGAAGGGCAUUCUCAUCAGACAUUGUGGUUUCAUUCUAGAUAUGAUGACAUUGCUAACAGCACUAGGCCAUUACUUUGUUAUCUGGUGGCUUCAUGGCUUAGCAUUUCAUCUAGUAGAUGUAGUUCUUUUUCUUAAUAUGCGUGCUCUUAUAAGUGCAAUUGCUAAGCGAAUUAGAACAUAUCUUAAGUUGAGGAAAGCCCUUACUUCCCUAGAUGGAGCACUUCCUGAUGCUACAUAUGAGGAACUUCGUGCUUUUGACGAUGAGUGUGCAAUAUGCCGAGGACCAAUGGUGAGGGCCAAAAAACUGUCAUGCAAUCAUCUAUUCCAUCUCGUGUGUUUGAGAUCUUGGCUCGACCAGGGUUUGACUGAUGUCUACUCUUGCCCAACAUGCCGGAGGCCAUUAUUUACUUCUAAUGUUCAAGGAGGCAUAAGGUCUGCUUCUGGAAAUGCUAUAGAUGGGCAACAAGUUGCUGAACAUCUGAAUUUAGGAUUGAACCAACAAAGAGUUCCUGGUCAUGCACCUUUAGGAGCAUCUCCAAACCCAUCACAGAAUACUUCUGAUACGAUCUGGAGGGGUGCUGCAUUCGACUCCAGUUUGACACCUACAUGGAUGAACCAAGGGAUCGAUGGUGCUAGUUCAUCAAGUUCAGUCACAUCCGUAGGAUUUGGUGGGGUUCAGAUGAUGAUGAGGCAGCUUGCAUCUGUUAGUGAAAACUUUGCUCAGGGUUCUCUACAUGAUUCAGCUUGGAAUCUGUGGCUUCCUCAGCAUACUGCGAUUCCUCAUAUUCCUCCAUCCUCCUCCACGAGGUUGAAUAGAAAUGCAGCUGGUUUACGGAUCAGGAACACCACAUCCCCGGUUAACAGUAAUAUGUCAGAGUUACUCACUAUGGUUGAUAGAGUGCGUGAGGUCUUGCCACAUGUUCCCGACGAACUAAUUGUGCAGGAUUUACUGAGAACCAACAACAUCAACAUCACUGUGAAUAAUCUUCUUGUACAAUAAUAACCCUAGUGGGCAUAACUCAUAGCAACUAUAAAGCUUUGUAUAUUUAAGACGGCAGAUAUAGGUUAUUAAAAGAGCUAUCGGCAUGACUUUGUAUUUACAUUUUCAUAAGUCUCGAAUCCAACGGAAAGAGAGAGGAAAAAAAAAGACA